UUACAGAAAUGGAGAUGAAAACUACCCAUCCAGUGCAAGGAGUAAAUGUAGAUAACGUGCAACAUGCAGUUCCGCAAACAGUGCAACGAAUGGUGACAGAUAGCAUCCAGCAGGAGAAUACAGACAGUACGCAGCAGCGAAUAACGGCAUGCCUAACAACGAAUAAUGCAAGACAAGUGUUUGGCACAAAAACUACUACUACUGCUACUGUUCCUGAGGGUCAAGCGAUCUGUUCAAAAUCCACCGAAGCUAGUAUAUCAAAUCGAACAAAUGGACAAGUUUUAAACUUUCAGGAUUUCCAGGAACCUGCGAUUACAUGGCAAGAUGAUGAGCAUGAGUAUGAAACGCAAAUGAAUUUACUAAAUGAGGAAUGGAAAAGGCCCGAAGUGAACGAAGUCAUGAGAAAGCUACUCAAAAAUGAAUUGUCAUUUGCGGAAGCAGCCGAUCGGAUAUCGAUUAUUCUCCGACGUGAGGUAACGGUAGCGUCGGUACAAAAUCGUGCUUUGCAUUGCUCCGAAUUUUCACAAUUGAGACAGGCAAAUAAUCAGAAAGAGCAUGAAGGUGAGAGAGAAAAUGGAGAAAAUACCGCGGGAAAACAUCCGGUUGUUGCAAAGGAGUUUGGACCCGGACUUUACGAAGUGAUACGAAAUCUACGUGGAAAUUUGAACAGCAUAGCGAUCAAGGAACGACAAAGUAAUUGUGUACGAAUUUACCGUCGAUCAACGACACGUCAUUACUACAGUUAUUAUCGUUGCUCAACUUGUGACUACCUAUCACGGCGUGAGGUCCAAGAUGGUCAUCCAUCACCGAUCAUUAAAAUGGUCCAUGACAAUAUUGUUGGCGAACCAUUUCCAUCACAUCAUCCCGAUUGCAAACCGAUACCUCUUUCACAGUUGCGAGCUAUGCAGAUAGAUCGGGAAAAUCGUCAAGAAGUGAUAGACGAAAUGCUAACUCCUUUUGAAGCUUGGUCAAGGGGUCAUUUAAGAGCUCUACUGGAGGAGGCAAGGAAGGCUUCGCAACUUGCUAGACAGCGUCCACACUGGAAAAAAGUCAAGUGUACGUCACGAAAUGAAAAUGAGAGCCAUCCAUAUGCAAGGCCAUGUGGCGAAACAUUAGUAAGUUACGAAGAAAAAAUACGAAAAAGAUUGAAUGAGCAGCUAAAACGCCCAGAUUCUCGUGCUAGUUCAGUUGCUUCUGAACGAUUUAAUGCUCAAACACCAACAGAUGACGAAUGGUCAUUUGCACGACGAAAGCAGGAUGGUCGUACUUUCAUAACGGAUGAAUCGCAAUCUCUCAUAUCGGAUCUUACGGAAGUACCAGAUGCGGAUGGGUUGCUAUCGGAAGAAAGAGUACACAUUGAGCAAUCAAGAAUAUCAGUGGAAGGCACUUCAGAAUCGAAUAAAACCGGAAAAGUCUCGUUUGCUUCAAGAGAUUCAGGCGAACCAGUUAAUGAUUUUGAUAGUAUGAAUCAAGCAGUAUGCGGUGGUCAGAUACCAACUAAUGAAACCGGGACAGAACCUGGUGAUACCUCUGUCUCUACAGGAAUAUCGAAGGUGUGCUCAGGCGGUGACCACUCGAAUCAUGUUGCUGUGUUAACAGAUGAUACUGGUCGAGAUAUAAUUAGGCAGACUAAUCGGAAAUUAUUUGUAAUUGAUGAUGAACACUUAUUGAAGUUGUUUCGAAGAUGUCCAGAUUGUGGUGAACAGCUGAAGACUUUAGUGCUUUCAUCUCGAAAAGCAGUACCAAUGGUAAAAUACAAAUGUCAAUGUCAAGGUAGUUGUGAUGAAAAAGUAUGGUAUGGUCAUGAACCCAAAUAG